AUGCCCAACAGAAUCCAGAAUUCUGUAGUCACUCCAAAUAUGAAUUCAAACCCUUCUCACCCAAAGGUGACGGCCACCCAUGCCCCACCUGCUAGGCCCAAAAGACCAUCCAAGGGCCGGGUUUUCCAGUGUACCGGGUAUCCUGAUUGCAAUAUGUCUUUCACGCGGUCGGAGCACUUGGCAAGACACUUGCGUAAACACACUGGUGAGAGGCCCUUCACCUGUCCUCAUUGCUCAAAAAGCUUCUCUCGCUUGGACAAUCUUCGCCAACACAAACAGACUGUCCAUGCUUACGAAGCACUGCCCAUGCAUGGUCAUAAGGAUGACUACCAAGACAUACAUCAGCCCGAAACUCCCUACCAUUCAUCAACAAGUUCCUAUGGCGGAACUCCUUUGCAGCCUGUUUUAAUCUCUCCAGCUGACUCCGCAUCUCCAAAUGCACACUAUCAAGACGGUAGACCCCAACAAUAUGUGCAAUACGACCAAGGUCUCAAAAUUCCUUCACAUCAGUUCAAGCCGAAGAGAAGACCAAGGCCGUUGUCUCUUCUGCAUUCAUUCGUCGACCAGAGUAAUUCAUCCCCCGAUACAAUGAACCUCCUGCGCCCGCCGUUGCACUCGGCUCCCCCUAUUCCUUUUAACAAACAACGUAAUGUGGUCACCUAUCCAUCAAGCUCCAAUUUGAUCCCAAGCAUGGUUUCGCCUUUGUCGCCCUUAUUUCAUCAAUCAUUCAGCCAGGUGGGAUCUAGGGGAACAUCGACGCUACCACCCAUUACGUCGCAGAAUAACGUGUCUCAUCUCACAUCCCCAUAUGCAUCUUCAACAUUCAGGUUUACUCAGUCAAGCUUGAAGCUGCCUGCAACCCUCCCCUCAGUAAAGCAGUUGUGUCUCAGCAAUCGCAAUAUGAACAGCUCGAACGAUACGACUGGCCCGCCUGCAAAUGUGAGCCCUGCCACGUCGAAGGAAAGUUUAAAAGACUAUAAAGACGAAAACCGUAAGAGCUGGCUUCAAGGUGUACUUAAUGAUGACACUAACCAACCUAGCACCAAAGAUGCCCCAGCACCUGAAAGACAUAACUCGACCUCGGACACGAAAAAGGCGACCAUAACUAGCUUACUAUCUCCAUAA